UAUUUAUUUAUGACCUACUCUUUCAUCCCGGGAGAAAGUUUUGGGAUUAACCGUCUCGCUGUACUUUUUUUUUUUUUCCCCUACCGCCUUCCUCCUCCUCGUCCUCCGGGACGCGCAUGCGCGGUGGCGCUUUCGGAGCCGCUCCAUGCAUCUUCCUGCCGGGCCCCUUUUAGCUUUUCUUCCUUUCUUUAUUUAUUGGGUCUUUAUUUCAUCAUGUAUUUAUUGAAGAUGCUGCUGGGCGCUGCGGUGCUGGCCGCGUUGCUGUGUCAGGUAAGUCACGCUCGGAUUUGCACCCCCCCCCGACCCCCCCCCCCCCAACCAAACAACCAAAAAAGUCACUUCGCUUCUUUCCCGCUCCUCGCGCCCGAACAGGGCUUGUGCUCGGGCGUGUUCGAGCUGCGCCUGCAGGAGUUCCUCAACAAGAAGGGCGCGCAGGGCAACCGAAACUGCUGCGGCCGGAGGGGCGGCAACGGCGGCUCCCCCGCAUCGUCGUCGUCGUCGGGGCAGUGCGCCUGCCAGACCUUCUUCCGGGUGUGCCUGAAGCACUACCAGCCCAACGUGUCGCCCGAGCCGCCGUGCACGUACGGCGGCGCCGUCACGCCCGUGUUGGGCGCCAACUCCUUCCAGGUGCCCGACGCCAUCCCGGAGAGCUCCUUCAGCAACCCGGUCAGGAUCAACUUCGGCUUCACUUGGCCGGGGACCUUCUCGCUCAUCAUUGAGGCACUGCACACUGACUCUAAAGACGACUUGUCCACAGACAACCCGGAGCGAGUGAUCAGCACCAUGAGCACCCAGCGCCACUUGACGGUGGGCGAGGACUGGUCGCAGGACCUCCACACGGCGGGCCACACGGAGCUCAAGUACGCGUACCGCUUCGUGUGCGACGAGCACUACUACGGCGACGGCUGCUCGGUCUUCUGCCGGCCCCGGGACGACGCCUUCGGACACUUUGCGUGCGGAGAGCGCGGGGAGAUCGUGUGCGACGCCGGGUGGAAGGGACAAUACUGCACGGAGCCAAUAUGCCUGCCGGGCUGCGACGACGAGCACGGCUUCUGCGAGAAGCCCGGCGACUGCAAGUGCCGGGUGGGCUUCAAGGGUCGCUACUGCGACGAGUGCAUCCGCUACCCGGGCUGCCUCCACGGGACCUGCCAGCAGCCCUGGCAGUGCAACUGUCAGGAGGGCUGGGGGGGCCUCUUCUGCAAUCAAGACCUCAACUACUGCACGCACCACAAGCCCUGCAUGAAUGGGGCCACUUGUAGCAACACGGGCCAGGGCAGCUACACCUGUUCCUGCAGGCCCGGCUUCACUGGCGCCAGCUGCGAGAUCCAAGUCAACGAAUGCGCCGGGAACCCCUGCCGCAACGGGGGCAGCUGCGCCGACUUGGAGAACACCUACAGGUGCGAGUGCCCCCGCGGUUUCUACGGCAACAACUGCGAGCUGAGCGCCUUGACGUGCGCCGACGGGCCGUGCUCCAACGGCGGCCGCUGCGUCGACAACCCCGACGGCGGCGGCUACUUCUGCCAGUGCCCCACCGGGUACGCCGGCUUCACCUGCGAGAAGAAGAUCGACCACUGUACCUCGGCGCCUUGCUCCAACGGUGCCCAUUGCGUGGAUCUGGUCAAUUCGUACCUGUGCCAGUGCCCAGACGGCUUCACGGGCAUGAACUGCGACCACACCGGCGACAAGUGCUCCUCGUACCCCUGCCAGAACGGCGGCACCUGCCAGGACGCCGCCCACGGCUACACCUGCACCUGCCCGCCGGGCUACACGGGGCGCAACUGCAGCUCGCCCGUCAGCCGCUGCGAACACAACCCGUGCCACAACGGCGCCACCUGCCACGAGAGGAAUAACCGCUACGUCUGCGCCUGCGCCCCGGGUUACGGCGGCCGCAACUGCCAGUUCUUGCUGCCCGAGCACGCCGCCAUCCGAGGCUCCGAGGUGCCCUGGAUGGCGGUCGGUUCCGGGGUGGCUCUGGUGCUCCUUCUUCUGGCGGGGUGCGCCGUGCUGCUUGGAUUCUUCCGCUCCAAAGCCCGACGCGACGGUCCGGGGGAGGCGGGCGGAGAGGGCGAAACCAUCAACAACCUGACCAAUAACUGCCAACGCGGCGAGCGGGACGGCGCAGUCCCGCCGACUCCGGGUGUGAAAAACAUCAACAAAAAGAUGGACUUGUGCGGCGGGGAGGAUCCCGAGGAGGGGGCGUCACCGGGACGUCGGUGCUACAAGAGCAGACCGCCGCCCGCAGACUACAACCUGGUGCGCGAGCUCAACUACGAGCGGGCGGCCAAAGACGCGGCGUCGGAGGCUUCCCGCGAGGACAAGGGCAGAUCCCCGGACUCCUUUGAGUUUGAGGAGAAACACAGCAAACGCUUAAAAUGUGAAACGUCGGAAAUAAAUUGCCCGGAAACGUCCGCGUGUGCGGACAACAAGUACAAAUCUGUGUUUGUCGUGUCCGAGGAGAAGGACGAAUGUAUCAUUGCAACUGAGGUGAGUAGUUGUUGACGUUGUUGAAGGCUUUGGCUGCGUGCAACCCGGAUGUGAAGCUUACCCGACUAAAUACGAGUGGAGUGAUUGACAGGACGCUUACAUUGCAACCGCCUCGACUGUAAGGACCGUUUCCGAGAACAGCUUGGGGUCUGGGAUGCACGGAGUUGAAACGGCAUCGUGGAACACGGUCCAAUGAUGCGGGUCAGGAGCCCUUGAAAAACGGCUCACGGAAGUCGGUGGGCGACGUGCAUCGCAGGUUGCGAAGCGGUUGUCAGGAAACGCGCAACAGCCGCUAGGAAAGCAGAAGCGCCGAGCGUUGUUCAGCUUUCACGCUCCGUUUGCGUAGCGUGGAGUGGAAACCGAGCUGAAAGAAGCAUUGCGGUCCGCAGGCCGAGUCCCCUGGACUCGGGUCGCAGUUCACCCCGCGGAAGACCGAUGCCAAUCUCUCGUCGCCAACAGCCGAACGUGACGACUCGUUCACGUCUG